GCAGCGGCCGUAGCGGCGUUCAGGCCAGCGCCGAGCAGCCAGCGCUGCGCAAGUGACAGUGAACAUGGUGGUGCGUCGCCGUUCGCGGCGCUUUUUUGUGGCCAGCUAGCGACGUGUUUCAAGAGUGCGUGCACCAGUGACCAUGGUGGGUUCCUGAUCGACGUCGUAACCCGGAGUUACCGCGCCGGUGCCGCUCAAUCGGUCCCCGAAAACACAACGACGCGCGUCAUGGAUGUGGUCGGCGAGGACCAAGCGCUGCAGGCGGUCUUGGGCCGAACUGACUUCGGCGGCAUCGACAACGACGCCCUCGACUUCAGCCAGCUCGAAGACUACAUCAACAACGACGGCAACAUCUACUUUCACGACGAGCUGGUGAGCGGCGAGUCCCCGACGCCUGGCAAGCGAGCGUGCGCCCCCGCCCCGUCCACACCGGCUGGCCUCGGAUCUCUGGGGCAGCGCGACGUGCUGCCUUCCGUGGCCGCUCUGCUGCACGGCGCCGUCUCGCCACCAGAGGCCGCCGUCAGCGCACCCCAGCCAACGGCGAACUCCGCCCUAACGCUAGGGAACAGCAGCCGGCAGCAUCUACUUCCGGAGAGUCCACCUGACAGCGGUUCGGAGCCUCCGUUCUCUCCCAUUGCAGAUGCAGCGGACGGCGCAAAGGUGACCGGUGCCAGCCACGUGAUGCAGUCAUCACCGAGGCAGGCUCCUCCCAUCCUGCCGCUUCAUCUGUCCUACCACCCGGUAUCUUCGGUGCAGCACCAGCAUUCCCCGCCCCAACACCUUUCUGUCACGCAGGCGCCUGGAGGAUUCCAGACAAGGGACACAAGUGGGGCCGCCAGUAGUCAUGGCUUGCAACUCCUGCCCGGUAAUCUUGCCACGGACAGUGAGCAGCAGCAGCAGCAGUUACUCAGCAUGCUCAGCAUGCCGCCCCAGCAGCCCUCUGUUGUACCACUCUACAGGAGGUUUCUCCAACAGCAGCCACAAAUGCAAGAUCUGGAUGAUCUGGGCCGAGAUGACUUCAUGCGUGACGAAAUUCCCGACUGCUCAGGGGGUUCUAAUCCCAAGCGGAGACGACUUUCUGAUGCGAGUCAAUCAAAUGGCCUUGUGCAAGUGAAACAGGAGCCAGCGGCUGCCUCCGAUGCUGUUGCACCUUCGCUGUCUCUCGUAGACGAUGAGUGCAGCUAUGACGCUGCUGCGGGCGGAAGUUCACUCGACGGAAGCGGCUUUGCAGACACCAACGUGCCCUGCAUUAGCUUCCAAAACUUCCAGGAGCACACAUGGCUCCCACUUCAUGACAGGACCCUCCAACCACUGCAGCCAGUCGUAUUCCGGGCCGAUGCAGACAAGGGGUUCAACUUCAGUGCAGCAGAUGAGGCGCAUGUUUGCCAGAAGAAAAACCACUUCCAGGUCACCGUGCAUGUGCAGGCCUUCGGUGAUCCUGCCUAUGUCAAGGUCCCUGAUGGACGCCUGCAGAAGAUCGAUGCCUUCUACCUGCAUUUCUUUGGUGUCAAGAGGGAAUCGCCAUCGCAGACCAUCAAGGUGGAACAGUCACAAGCCGAUCGCACGAAAAAGCCUUUCUAUCCCCUUCCGGUUGACUUGAGCAACAACCAGGCCGUCAAGCACACAAUAGGGCGACUACACUUUAGCGAAACGACAUCCAACAACAUGCGCAAGAAAGGAAAGCCGAACCCUGACCAGCGCUAUUUUUACCUGGUGGUCAGCUUAUGUGCUCACUGCGGUGACGCUGUCUACACUAUUGCAGCACAGUCCUCCCAAAAAAUUAUCGUACGGGCCUCGAAUCCUGGCCAAUUUGAAAGUGACAUGGAGCUGACCUGGCAAAAGGGAUCAACACAUGAUGCCAUUUACCAUAUGGGCCCCGUUGGAAUAAACACUGAAAGAACCGACGAGAAGCUUGUUGUCAAUGGAAAUAUAUUGCUUUCAGGCCAUCUCAUUCAGCCAUCCGAUGAACGGGCAAAGUCAGAUGUGGUUGAGCUCGACACCAGGGAGCAACUCAAGAAUGUGGCAAACAUGCGCAUCUAUCGCUACCGCUACAUACCCGAGUACGUGGAGCACGCAGGCCUCAAAGAUGCGACGGACACCGGUGUGUUGGCGCAAGAAGUGAAGCAGAUCCUUCCCGAUGCUGUGCAUGAUGGCGGUGAUGUGCUACUCGGCAACGGUGACUGUAUUGAGGGCUUCCUGGUCGUCAACAAGGAGCGCAUUUUCAUGGAAAAUGUUGGGGCUGUCAAGGAACUCUGCAAGGUGACUGACAGCCUCGGGACUCGAAUUGACGAGCUGGAGAAGAUGAAUCGUGCGCUCAACAAAAUUAAGCGCGUUGACAGUGUCAGGUCCUGUUCCAGUAGUAACAGCACAGUCAUCAGUCGCAGCUCUUUCCCCUCUAGGAGGAAUGCAUUGAGGAGCAAAAAGAAAAAUGAAAAGCCCUUCUGCAGCAAUAAGCUUGUUCAAGGGACCAUUACCAUUCUUAUACUUGUCAUGCAUUCUGUCCUGGCUGCCAUGGCAUCAUUGUACAUUCUCGAAUGGCAGCGAAGAAAUGAUCUGGUAGCGAAUAGUUCAAUCAAUCGUCAUGUAGUGCCUAUAAACAGCAGCAGCCAAGCAGAGCAGGGUACAAAAGGGCACAGCAACUCUGUUGACAAUGCAACUAAAUACAAGGACCCAGCAGACUCGACCAAGCUUCAGCAUGAUGAAAAUGAGUCCAAACUGCCACCUGCCACGAGACGGAAAGGAACAGACUCAAGCAAUUCCGUGCCGAUACCUCCGAAUGCUGCUGGCUCAGCAACACGGUGGACUCAGUCGCCGACAACGCCUACACCUCCCUUGGCCACAACUUCUGUGCCCAUUCUGCAGCCCAAGGUGAUUGGUACACCACCUGAUUGCUUGGAUGGUGUGCUUGCAUCAUGUACUGCCCACUGCUGUGUGGCUGCCAUUCCCGAAUCUCAAGACACCAAUGCUCAAAGGGUGGGGCCUGCAGUUGUUGCUUCUACCGAGGCAUCCAGGUCAUCAGACAAGUCUAACAACAGUGUACCAGACUCGCCGGACCUGUCUAAGGCAAAACAGCCGCUGGAUGACCAGCCCUUGUUGGACCACUUGGCUGACACGGGCAGUGGACGGGUGUUUGUGGACGUGCAAGACAACAGUGCCCAGUGGGGCAAGCUGGGUGUGGUGCCCACUGCCCUGGUGCCACCCACGCAGCCUUCGCUCGAGCUGGGCUCUCUGGCAACAGUUGUGGAGACUGACCGUGUCCAGGACGCAGAGGUGAAGCGUGCUGAUCACACGGACAACGGUGCCGACAGUAUCGAUGCACUGGCUUCCUCCCAUCGUCGUUCUAAGGCCUUGAACGGCAGGAAAGGGGGUCACACAGUCGUUCAGUCACUUCGACUGCUUGAACUCAAUGUGACACUUGGCCAGGAGUACUGCAACACUCUACAGUGUGUCCUGAGGUCUGGGCCUACGUUCAGCUACCUGGUGCCGCUGUCACGCUACAUGCCGCUGCAGUAUGUUACUCUGCAGUUCAGCCUUACAGGCCCACACAAAAUGGCGAGCUGCAGCCCUCCAGAGAAGCAGAUAGCCUGCCCAGCGCCACUUGCCAGGUCUGGACACAAGGCCCAUGGCUUCGUUUUUGCCUCAAGACAAGAACCACUGGGCAGAGGAAGCUUCACCAUCUUGGAGAGUACCAAUUGGACUUUUUCUGCAAAGCAGCUACAACUUCAGAAUUCUCAAGCAAGGGGAGCAUUUCGAACAGCCGUGCAACUUACCGAAGAGCAAGGCUGGUGAACUUUUCUGGGACUACAGCGUCACAUUCCACAGGCAUUGCGAGAAGUGAAUGCAGAAAUCGACAUGCACGACUCAUCACUGCCAGGGCAGCUCAGCAAGGCACUGGUGCUCGCAUCAUCGCAAAGUGGCAGUGCGCCUAUCAACAUGGUGGACCAAUUGUGGUGCGAAUCUGCGACGUGUGAAGUGCUAAUUAACAGUCAGGCCGGACGCCAGAUGCGCCCUCGACCACAACUUCAUCACCCAAGUCAACAACGAGCGCAGCCCGACAAGCUGCGUUCUCAUGUGAACUCUCUCGAGUGCCGUCAUUGUAAAUAAGACUUGAGUGACUGCGCUGGAAAGCUGCAUUGUCCAUACACAUUCCGUCCAGACUAGCCGCGCCACAGCUGCUGAGAGUUUCACAAUGCAAGAGAAUGCAGGUCUACCACGCUAUACUCGCACAGCUGAGCAACGUUUUCCUUAGAAUGCUGCAAAAAUAUCGACUUACAAGCUUGAUACACACUUUUUUCUUCUUUUUUUUCAUCCUGCACUAUUAUUCCAUAUAGUGUUCAAGUAUAAAAUUUUCGGAAAGCGAAUGCAAGCGUACAGUGUGGUAGACCUUACGUGGUCUAAAUGAUAGGAGCAUACUGCGACAAGUAACAAUUCUCACAAAACCACCACAAAAACUAAGUUCUGACAUAGACCCACUGCAAGCUAGAGUAGGAAAGUAGGCUCAGCUCGGUUACACGUGAAAAAAUAUAUAUGUUGGACUGUUUACCAUGUUUGCAUGAAUAUAAUGCAGCCACACGUACUACAAUACAAGGCAGCAGGAAUUGGGAAGGUCUGAAAAAUCAAAUUAUCAUGACCACGACAUUUCUUGACACUGCACAAGGUAACUCCGGACAAGGGCUCAGAAAAAUGAAAAAUAACUUGUGCAGGGACUUCGAGGGUAUAUGCAAGCUGCUCAUUUGUGCACGUCCAUCUUCAUUUGCUCAAGUCACUGCUUCAUAUGUGUAGUACAACUUAACAGUGAAGUUUGGCCUCCGCAAACUCUGCCUUGGUGCCAUCGUUUCACAAUGCUUUUCUUUUUGAAAUGUAACCAGCUUGUAGAAUGUGGCUUUAUGUUUUUUUUUUUUUGUGCGUGGCACCAUUGAGGGUUUCUGUUAAAUUGUUCAGUAGGCAUACUUAAAGUGGGUGUUCUUAACUGCGUGGAAUUACAUCAGCACCAUGCAUUGGUUGCCAUGUUGGGCACGUGGAAACAGUUAGUCCCUAUUAUAGAAGCUUCGAGAGUCAAAGGUAGAUAGAAUGGAGUACAAAUACUCUUGGUUAGUGGAAAGAGCACUUUGGUGGAUAUUAAAUCUGUGCAUGUUCAUAAACAAUGAUUAUGUCGAUGCUAAUGCCAUUCAUAUUAAGUGCAUAUUUAUUUUACUGAACCAUCUAAUGGAGAAUUUCGACGUAAAUCUGAAGCGUGCAAUAACUUAACAAUCGACACUCAUUUCUGAAAAUCUUACUUCAGCUCAUUAAAUGAUGCUCUCUUGACCAUAUAUAUGCAAAUAUUUUAUGCCCACCAAAGCAAUGAAGUUAUGCGCCUCCAGGUGUGUCUAGUCAAAGGAAUUAUAAACAGAAACAAACCAGGGUCAGUCCACAGACUAUCCUUAAAGAGUAGCGUAGGUGCUAUCAAUCAAUAUAUUCAGAUUCACUGAGCGAGAAAGCAGAUUUGCCACCAAGAAACUUAAUGCAGCCUAUAGCACAAUAUGGAAUGCAAAGAUGGUGCUAAGGCUCAUCAAGUGCAUUUGCUUUUGAUGCAAUGCGAAAAUAUCACAAAAUAUGAACUAUAGACCACACGUGCGAAUACUAUGAAUACAAGCACAGAGAAGAACGACAUUCAGAAGCAGUUGGCCACAAAAUAUCGUAGAACACUGGAUUGGCUGAAAAAACAAAGGGGGAAAGGAUUCUUGCAAAGCCCUUCAGGAAAAGUAGUCUCAUUGGGCAUCUGCAGCAAUGUUGGUGGCAAGAAAGCAGACGACUGCGGCUACUGACAAAUAAGAAGCCAGGACAGGUGCUAUGGUGGAAUGGUAAGGUUUGUUACCAUUCACACAUUGAGAGCACGUUUCUGGAUUACGUCAUGUUGCAACACUGAUAUUGGCUAAAGACAGCUUUCUUGUAUGCAUUUCUUUGUGACCACAGUUCUAUAAGCAACUUCACAUUUGUGUACUGUCAAGUACAUUCAACUAGUUCAAGAUAAAAUUAGGCUUGUGAAUUUGCAUAUGGUUUCCCUACACAUGGCUCAUGUAUAUAUUGCUGUGCUAUUCAUCCAGGGAAAAGUUCAUAUGAUGUGCUUUUUCUUUGCUUGCACCUGCUGAUGUGCAUGCAGGUUUUCAGCAUAAUAUGCUUGGGGCACUCACUUGGCAUUUGUUUUCUCUUUCUAAAAAAAGACAGGCUUUUGUACUACAAAGUUAUUUACUGAUGUGCCUUUCGUUGCUAGCUUUUAGAGACAGCUGCAGUUCACUAAGCUGUGAAACUCUCAACCAGGUGUGGAAUAUGGCUAUGAUCUCUCCAUUGUUUUUUGCUCUAUGGUCCUUGUGGUAGACUUUUUUUUUUUUUUUUGACAGAGCUUAUGUGUGUGCCAUUGCAGAAAUCAUUGAUGCACAUUCGUUUUUAUUCACAGUGGUAGUACUAUGGUAUAGUAGUGCAAUACGACUUGCUACGUGCGACCGUGUUUCAGAGGGAGUUCCAAGGCAUGUAUGCACAGUUUAUAUGGACACUCUAUGCUUUAGACAGCGUUUGGUUGGUGGCAUCUCAAAGGUCCAUUGUUAGUCUAAAUGAAAGACAAAAAUGUAUGUACACUACCCAUCAACAAUGACAUUGUGCUUUUUCCAUUCCAGAACAGGCAUCUUUCUAUGCAGCUUGCACCUGGGAGUCUUAAUGCCCAUAACAAUAAGACACAGGCAGAAUACUGCAACAAAUGUUUAACGCAUUAGCAGCAGCCCCGUUCGUACUGAAAAGUUCAGAGUUUGUAAAAAUGUCACGUUACCAAGAAAAGCGCACAUCAGGCCAAUCAGUCAGAUUGACUUUCGUCAACAGGAAACAAAAAGCAUCGCUAUUUCCAGCCACUCAAGACGUGGAAUGUGAGGGGGAGGGUGUACAAACUCACAGCCACCGUGGAACACUGCCUGUGCAGUUGCAUUGGUAUGGUGUAUUCGGGGAGGGUUGGCGCAUAAAGUGAGCCAUGAACAGGCUAGAGAGGUUAAAAAACACGCAUGCGUUCGUGUUGCAUCUCCUUUCUAGGCUGGCCACAAAUGAGGCAUAUUGUCAUGCGGGCCGAAAGUUCCAGUGCGAACGCGCCCAUUUUGCCGCCAAUGCAAUCACCCCCAAUUGCACAAUAGAAAGAUUCCCCGUGUGUAUGCACCUUUUGACAUCGCAGGGCCAAGAUUAAAAGGAAACAAUUGACAAGCUCACACUAACAAGCGACUCUAAUUAUACGUCAGUUUGUGGAACAUUGGCAUUCACUAAACACAAGUCCGAGAUUCCGUAAAUGGGCCAGUUUUCCACUCUAGUUCUGUAAUCUGAGAGUCCUGCGAGCUGCAGCUUUGCACAAUCUCAAUGCAUUGCAGAAAAUCGUUAGCACAAAAGUUUAACGAUGGUCAACUUCAGUGAACAAAUGGGAUUUCUUCUAACGGGGGGUUCUCCUUACUUUGGGCUCUAUUUCUGUUCCAGCCUGCAGUUACUAUAACACUCACUUAUUAGUUACCAGCAAGCAACAUAUGACGGUAUGAAAUAAAUUUUUUCGACGGUCAUUUUUCUCGAUAUGUAGCAUUCCUAGGAGUCAAGAAGAAAAACAACAGCCUACUUGUCAGUUGUCCGUCUUUUUAACAUCAUUGACAAAAGUUUCACAACCGAGAUGCACUGUGGGAAAAUAAGUGCUCAAUCAAAUAUUUCGCUCCACGUACAUAAGAGGACAUAUGGCAUAAAUAUAAAAUCUUCAAAUUUCCUACAGUGAUUCAUGAACAUGCUGCGAUAUUUGGCAUUUAGGAAUGCAAGCCUUUAUUUGAGGUGGACAAAUGUACAGCAAAAAAUAGGUUAUACCUUUCGAAGUCAUUCACAACAUUUUUGCCAUUUAAAUGCAUUAUUUUAGAAAAGAUGCCAAUUAAAUUGCACAAUGAAGAACAUGACUGUGUCAAGCUGAUUUGUUUGAUACAUGAGCCAGAUGAGGUUGCCAUAUAACAGCAUUAAGUACAUAUUAGCACACAGCAUCACUUGCCUAGACAAAAUGGUACCGUUCUCUUCCAGAAACAGGAACAGGACAGCCACCAUUAUUAGACACCCAAUAUGGUUUUAGUGCCGUACAAACUUGACUGCCUAAUCAUGCGAUUCCAAUUUGAUGCUCAAACUGGUGCUCAAAACAUUUCCUCCUUCCACUGCACUGUCCUGCAUACAAGACAAUGCUGCAGCUAUAAAGGUUAAAUUCAUCGCAGAAAGUGUUUCAACCAUCGCAGGCAACAGCAACGUGUUUCAGCAAACUUUAUUGACUGAAAGUAAGAACAUUUGUGUUUAAUUCGGUGGAUGACAGGAGCACUGAGAUUAAAGAUGUUGUGUA